AAAUACAUGACUUCUAGAGGUUUCUACAUUCCAAUUCACAUCCUCCUUCUCUCUUAAAAACCCCGACUUUUCACUCUCAAACCCAAACCCUAACCCUAACCCUAACCCUAGCAAUCCCUUGCUCCCUCAAUUACUCUGCAGUAAACAAUGGCGAUCCUCUCUGAUUACGAAGAGGAUGAUCAGAAGCAAACUAAGACACCGGAGCCUGUGAAGAAGCCCUUUAAUGCUGUUCUUGAUUCGUCCGAUCCCCUUCGUUUUCUCCAGACCGCAUUCGAGUUCGUUGCUAGCGAAACCGAUCUCUUUAAGACUGAUUCCGUAGUUAAGGAUGUUAACGGGUUGGUUCGUACGGUGAAGGAGAAACUCGACGCUGAUGAGAGGAAGAGGAAAGAGAAAGCUGUAUCAGCCGCCAGCAAUGGUGCUACCAGUGUAAAGCCCGGUAACAAGCGGGCUAAGGAGGAUUCUUCAUCGUCGUUACCGGCGCAGCCCGCAGUUUCCGUCAAGGAACCGGAGGAUAAGAAGGAGGAGUCGAACGAUGAUAAUAAGAAGGGAUUGCGAGCUCCCAAUAAAGGAAACGGAUUGGACAUGGAAAACUAUUCCUGGAUCCAAUCUUUGCAAGAAGUAACCAUAAACAUCCCUGUUCCUCCUGGAACAAAGUCAAGAUUUAUUUCAUGUGAAAUAAAGAAGAAUCAUUUGAAAGUGGGACUUAAGGGUCAACCUCCAAUUCUUGAAGGGGACUUGUACAAGUCUGUUAAAGUUGAUGACUGUUUCUGGAGCUUAGAGGAUCAAAAAUCAGUCUCCAUUCUUUUAACAAAACAGGAUCAAAUGGAAUGGUGGAAGUUUUUGGUGAAGGGUGAGCCUGAAAUUGACACUCAGAAAGUUGAACCUGAAAACAGUAAACUUGCUGACCUGGACCCUGAAACAAGAUCCACUGUUGAAAAGAUGAUGUUUGAUCAAAGGCAGAAGCAGAUGGGGUUGCCAACUAGUGAUGAGAUGCAGAAACAAGACAUUCUUAAAAAGUUCAUGGCUGAGCACCCGGAGAUGGACUUUUCAAGGGCUAAGAUAAAUUGAGGAGAAAUGUUUUGGGGGAAAGGUGCAAAUUUGUUUUUUUGAAGGUUGAUAUAGAAUUGUUAUUUUGGGAAUUAGUGUUAUGCUACGUGGGUGAUAUCUGUUAAUAGAAAACUAUGUGAUGGUUUCUUGG